AUGGACUGGAUGGGCCGGAUCGAGAAAUUCCUGAAGAAAGGGAUAUUAUCCCUCUGGAAGGAGUCGCUCAUUUUUGUCAUUCUCUGGUGGGUAAGCUGGGCCCUUUCCAAAUCCGUCGACUCGCGCUUCGCAUCCCCAGAAGAUCAAGAAAGACUGGUUCAAAUCGGCGAUGUACUGUGGAUGUUGGUGAUUGCAUUGCUGGUGCUCCUCGUCCUCGUUUAUAUAUGUGCGUGUCUCCUAAUGGAUGCCCAGACGAGCAAAUCCAACUCCUGGGUUACGAUCAGGAAGAGCCUUGGAGCAGAAGGAGCACAUCAUUGGCAGGGCCGUCGUCGAUGCCACCAACCCGCAAUUCAGCUGCCCGAGAAUGUGCCGCUGCCUCUACGUCGC